UUUUUGACCUUGUCCACGACGGCCGGGACGAAUUCAGAGCUUCCAACAACGAGACCAGCGACUUUGCCUCCCAACUGUGAGGCAGCAGUUAAUGCAGAAAGAGAUCCAGAGUCAAUGUCUCCUUGACGGUGCUCAAGAAAUACGAGAGCAUGAGGCGAGGGCCCAGAUGCAUAAUUUCUGGUCAGAAAAGACCUGAAUAUUACGAAGGAACGUCGUGGUAGCAUAUUGUAAUUGCCUCGGAGCGGGGGGAGGGCAAAAUGAACGUGAAAUUCCGCCUUUGCCGGCCGGCAAUACUGGUACCCCGCGUUCCUCUGAAGUGCAGUAAUCAAUCUUUCUUCCACCACCGUCAUGUCCUUCCAAUCUCUUAUUUCUGGCUCUGAAUGUGCUGCCCCUGCGAACCCGCUAUCACAAGUUCUUAAACAUACUGAGGCCGAUCGCAGCAUUCAACAGGACAGAUUCGCGGGUCCUUCGUCUUCCAGACUUCAUCAACUACCCGGGACUUCAUCUUCCGCUGCGACGGGCCAUGAUCUAGCUUUGGCACGCCAGUUUUUCGAGGCAAAUCGUGCUAGUCCAGCCAUUUUCGCCUCUGCUAUCCCAGAACUUUCAAAUCCUCAAAUGAAAGAUGCGUGGAUUGCUGAACAGCAGCAACAUAUGCGUAUUUUUGAGUCAAACAAGUCACAUUCUCAGUGGACCGCAGAGUUUGACGGUGGUGCUAUUCCCCGCCAAAUUUCACUUCCUCAACAGCCUCAAACAAUGAACUCUGAUCCGCCACAGAUGGCCUCGUACAUGCCACAGGUUGCAAUGUACGGGAACUAUGUGCCUCAUAACAACUUGUUUGCCAUGGGUGGUCCUCCUCUGAUGCAGAACUACACUCCGCCAAUCGUUGAUUCCGCUGAGGGGAAAGGCAAAAAUCGUGAAGCGGAUUUCGAUGCUGCUUUUGCUCAGGCAGCUGCUUUUCUACCUUCGCAAGAGGCCGGUACCUCUGGCAUCGUAGAGGUAAAUGAUGGAGUCACAGACAUUGAAGAAGGUCUGAAAUCUACCACGCUACAAGAUCACACAAUUGAACCCGACUUCAGAAGAGUCUGGGAUCAUCUUCAAAAUUCGGAUGCGCCUCCACCCGCUGAAGACCUUGCAAAAUGGGAAACAGAGUUUCAGCAGCUCAUGGAUGCGCAACGAGACGAACUCAACUAUGGGAAUGCGAUGCAGGAAGCUUGGGAGAACGGCCUCGGUAAUUUUACAGAUUCCACGACAUUGGGCGAUCCUCCGCUUAAGUUUGACAACGAUGGCCUUCCCAUCCUUCAAGCAUACGUAUUCGAAACUAAUAACAAAUAUCUCGAUCCGUCUAAUUCCACUAGCUCCCCUUUGUCAGACGCAAAAGCGUUGCUAGAACAAAAUGGCUCGUUGUCUGAAGCCAGUCUACUUCUCGAGGCCGCUAUACAGAAGGGAGAUUUAGGAGACGGAGGAUACGAAGCGUGGAUCCUUCUAGGAGAGACAAAGAAUAUGGACGAACAUGAGGAAGCAGGCAUGCGAGCACUCACCGAAGGUGUGAAACGCGCAGAGGCGGCUGGUGCAUCGGGCGCUGGAAUGAUGUCACUGGCUAUCUCGUUUACAAACGAGUCGAUGGACAGAGCAUCCCACGUUAUGCUACUUCGAUGGUUGCGCGCUCGGUUCCCUGAUUUAUCUGUUUCAGAAGACACUGUCAAAUCAAUGUCUACACACUCUUCGUGGGAUACCCAUACCAAGAUUACAGACCUUUAUCUUAAUCUUGCCCGUCAACAGCAUAGUCAAGGCAUUGUGGACUCUGACGUACAAAUCGGAUUGGGUGUUUUGUACUAUACUAACGGAGAAUAUACACUUGCCCAAGAUUGCUUCGAGAGUGCACUCUCACAGAGACCUGGAGACUAUUUGCUAUGGAACAGGCUAGGUUCGUCGCUUUCAAAUGGGAACAAACCUGAAGAGGCUCUGGGCGCAUAUCGGGAGGCAUUGCAACUACGACCAACAUACACACGAGCAAUAUAUAAUGUGGGCGUCGCAUGUCUGAAUAUUGGUGCGCACAAGGAAGCUGCUGAGCAUUUCCUUAGUGCCUUGGCACUGCAAGAGCAGACAUCCGGGGAUACUAGCGAGCAGCUUUGGCUGACUCUUAGGAGAGCGCUGGUCACAAUGGAUCGAGCUGAUUUGGCAGAGCAUGCUAAACGUGAAAUAAAGGGUAAUCUGGAUUUCUUUAGGGGAGAAGGAUUUGAUUUCUAGAUUUCAACGUACGUGAAAUAGAAAUACGCAGAAUCUUCAAUUGUACAACGGAUUCACGCUCAAGUGGUCUUGUGUGACAAAUCACAAUAGAGCUCUAUACUUUUAUCUAUCUGGGUAUGGAUACGACUCACGUCACAAGCACAUAGGUCGCAGGUGUUAAUCUUGCACGAACCCUUCUCCCCACCUCGUGCUCCAAGUCGUCACGUCGGUCAAUCGACAUUUAACAAUCUUUUCCUUGUGCUGUCUGUAUCGGUGUUGAAGACAAACCAUUAAACGCGGUAUGAAUAUAAGAGAAUCAAAAUGCAUACGUCAAUAUGUUGUGUAGCGAACAGUU